UCACCUUUACCCCGGUAGUGAGCUGACGUCCGGAGCGUCCGCCAUUUUGUUUUUCGUCUCGUCUAGAGUUUUUCAAAUCCUCCAAACUGACGCGAUUUUUACCGAUUUGUAGGAGUCUUGGAGACCGAUUACUACCAUUGACCUUCAGACAUGGAGGAGUUCGCAUUUGUGCCUCCUGUUCAAGAGCUUCAUGCGGACGAGAACGAGAUGCACAUCAAAGAGGAGCCGACAGGAGACACUGGAUGGCAACAAGAUGGACAAAAGAACGUGCUGUGCCAGGAAACGUACAGCGAGGACCAGGAAACAUACGACUACCAGCCAACCGGACAUCCUUGGAACGAGAAUUAUAGUUGGGAGCAGACAACAGACACGGGACGGCAGCAGGACGAGAAAAGGGACGUUCCAAACGACGACACGUUCGGUGUAAAAGCGGAAAUGGAAGAGUCUAGCUUUGUUAGUAUUGGAGAACAUCCUGGGAAGGAGAUGGAACUUUAUGGAAAUCCUGGGAAGGAGAGUGACAGCAGGGAGACCCAGACAACAGGUAACCAGUGUGACUAUGCAGCUGCACAUCAAGCCAAUUUGGCCUACCAUAUAGCAACAAAACACACUGGUGAGAAACCCUACAUGUGUGACGAGUGCGGUUACAGUUCAACCAAAAUGUAUGACUCAUGUAUGACUAACUUAACUGUACAUAUGAGAACUCAUACAGGAGAAAAACCUUUCAAGUGUGACCAAUGCGACUAUUCUGCUAAUAUGGUGGAGUUCACAUGUGUGCCUCCCGUUAAAGAGCUUCAUGCGGGAAAAACUGCGAACGAGACGCACAUCAAAGAGGAGCCGACAGGAGACACUGGAUGGCAACAGGAUGGACAAGAGAACGUGCUGUGCCAGGAAACGUACAGUAAGGACCAGCAAACCUACAACUACCAACCAACUGGACAUCCUUGGAACGAGACUUACAACAGUUGGGAGCAGACAAUAGACACGGGACGGCAGCAGGACGAGGAAAGGGACGUUCCAAACGACGAAACGGCAGGCAAUCCUGGGAAGGAGAAAAUGGAAGAUUCCGGUCUUGAACUUUUCUGCGGAGACCAGUGUCCUGAAGAUACUGGGAAGGAGAGUAAGCAAACAGAACACCCUGGGAAGGAGAGUGACAGCAGGGAGACCCAGACAACAGACACGGGCCUGCAGCAGGAAACGUGUGACGUGAACUUUCCCCAACCUGACAACACACCAACCUCACAGGUACAGGAGAGCAGAGGAUAUAUGGGAGGGCAUGUGGUUAAACACACUGGUGAGAAACCCUACAUGUGUGGGGAGUGUGGAUACAGGACAAUUUAUAGGUCUCACCUAUCCCGACAUAUGAAAACCCACACAGGAGAAAGACCAUACAAGUGUGAUCAGUGUGACUAUUCUGCAGCACAAAAAGGUGAUUUGGACAAACAUCUAGUAAAACACACCGGUGAGCAACCCUUCAUAUGCGGGGAGUGUGGGUACAGGUCAGCUCGGAAGUCUAACGUAUCCACACAUAUGAUAACCCAUACAGGAGACAAACCCUACAAGUGUGACCAGUGUGGGUACAGGACAGCUUGGAAGUCUCAUUUAUCCCAACAUAUGAGAACUCAUACUGGUGAAAAACCCUACAAGUGUGACCAGUGUGACUACUCGGCAGCACAGAAAUCCACCUUUGACCAACAUGUAAUAAAACACACCGGUGAGCAAACCUAUAUGUGUGAGAUGUGUGGGUACAGGACAGCGAAAAAGUCUCACCUAACCGAACAUGUGAGAAUUCAUACAGGAGAGAAACCCUACAAGUGUCACCAGUGUGACUAUUCUACUGCACACAAGGCGAAUUUGGAGAAACAUGUUGCAAAACACAGUGGUGAGAAACCCUACAUGUGUGGGGAGUGUGGGUACAGGACAACUCACCAGUGUCACUUAUCAAGACAUAUGAGAACCCACACAGGAGAAAGACCUUAUAACUGUGACCAGUCAGACAAACCCUAUAAGUGUGACCAGUGUGACUAUUCUGUAGCACAAAAAUCCACUUUGAACAAACAUGUAAGAAGGCACACUGAUAAAAAGACUUAG